AUGCACGUCUCCAUAGCCCUUCUCUACAUCUCCCUAAUGGCGGCUCCUGAGUGCACAAGUCUCCCAACGACAGAAGACUCCAUCAGAAUCUCCAUAAGCAGCAUCAUAAACAUUGCUCAGAUAACUCUGGUGCACAUCGAUAAACUGAAGACAACGUUGCAGGUUUCUGCACAAAUCGAAGUGCACGCCCCUUCCAUCGAGGGCCUGACCGGGAUCAGCCGUGACCUCGGGCACUUGGAGUCUGACCUCAGGAGCCCGUUCACAGACCUGCUGGACCAGGUCGUGGUGGACGUGUCCAGUCUGGACGGGAGGGUGCGCUCCCUCGCGGCAACCAUGAACUGCACCACCCACGCCAGGCCGACGGCAACGGCCGCCGACGGUCCGUUCCCGCACAGCCGCCUCUACCUGACGCUGGUGAAGCUGCAGCACUACCUGGAGAGUCUGGUUCAAAACAAGGACAAGCUGAAGAUCUGCUGA